UCUGUUACCUUGGAGACGAUGUCACUGCCAAUGACAACAGUUUUGUACGACCCUAAUUAUCCAUGGAAUGGAGACUGUUCCAAUGUUUUGGGUGAUGGUCCACCAGUGAGUAAUGUCUACACAAUUAUUCCAUCCGGAGCACCGACGCCAAUUUCAGUCUAUUGUGACGUGAAGCCAGAAGGGGUUUUUACACGCAUCAUGGAGCAUGGCGGGAACUGUGGCAUUGACGACUGGAACCUUCCUAUGACGGAUUACAUCAGUGGAUUUGGGCAGGAUGUAUCGUGUGAUCAUUGGAUAGGACUACAAAAUAUGUUCUAUCUAACAAACACGAUCAGUAACUACAAACUGGAAAUCAACAUAAAGCUUGAAAAUGGAAACAACGAUUCGAUACAUUAUGGAUCUUUUUUGGUCAAAGAUCCAACGACCUGGACAUUGCGACUUGAUUCAUUCAGUGGAAGUACCAAUAAUUACCUUGGUAACGGUUUUGAUAACCUACCCACCGCAAGCAUUGCGGAUUUAAUUGAUAAUGAAGAUUUUGAAGCAAAUGGAGUGAAUGUUUACGGAUGUUCAGGAGGGGAUAAAUCUGGGUGGUUGUUUUCUCCUAAUUGCUUGAAUACAAACCUUUGCUUACCUUUAGGACAUGUCGAAAAAGCACUUUAUCCUACAACGAGACAAAUUCUAUGGCCAGAAUUAUCAGGAAAUGAUUAAGUAGUAAAACAUGUAACAAUGCAAAUUAGAAAAACAAAUUGAAAUAAUGAAGUUAUUUUUGAAACCUUCAAAUUUAAAGUAAAAAUGUUUGGUUUUAUUUUGAUACAAGAUUAAUCAUAAUUAUUUUGUUCAUGUAUAAGUAUUUGUCCCCCACUUUCGCAAAAGUUAGGAGAUAUUAAUUUAUCGUAAUCGUCUGUCCGUCUUUAGGCUUUAAAACUUUAACCUUGGUCAUAUUUUUUGAAAGGGAAGAUUUGAGACUUUCAUAUUACACAAUCAUGUGUUUUACUCAUGACAAGAUCUUUCUAAAUGCACUAUUAUAUUUGACCCAUAGCGUUUGUUUUUCCUGAAGAAUUUACAACCUGUAUAUAUAUUGAGGGAUCUCAAAACCCUCCUCUCCUCCAAAAUUACGUGAAAACAUAAGAUUGUGUGCUUUAAAACUGGAAAAUAUUAAUU